AUGUCUCGUUUCGAGAGAACCCCUGGGGCAGCCCUUGGACCUGCCAUCCUAGAUGCUCUCUACGCCGACAUCUCCGAGUCCUCGGCAGCGGCCUCCAAAUGGGACCCGCUACAGCGUCCCAAGCCGAACCCUGAGGCAGACAUCAGCAAAGCCUCCCGGGAGCCGGAUGUUGGGGCACCCCCGUACAGUCCCAAGGGUGAGCUUCCGGACGACACGGAGAGCUUUCCGCGUACCAUGCCUGGGCCGCCAGGCAUCAAGCUGAACCGCUCGCAAGAGGCCGCGAUGCGGCUGGUGCUUGAGAGGCAGGAGACCCGCACCCACGCGAGCCCCACCACCAGGGCUCCACCCAAGCCCAAGUGA